UACCUGUAGUCCUCCUCCAAUUUAAUAUCAAUUUUGAUUUAUUUCCUUAGUUUUUCCAAUUUUAUUUAUUUUUAUCCUAUUUUAUUCCUUUUCAUCGCUCAAUAAUUCACUACUAUAUUGAUUCAAUUCCAAUCAUUUGUUGCUUUUGUGCUUUCCUCUUUUCCUGGGGGAAAAAGAUAGAGAAAACCACAAAACCCCCAAUUGCGAUUUCGAUAUUUUUUUUCGAAUUCAUAGUGAAUCAGCACAGAAAAUGUUGUGUUUUUGUUUAUCUUUUACUCCAAUUUUCUCUUAAAAGGUAUGGAGUGUUAUGAUUUCUGGAAAAGAUGAUGGUGCAGUGCUUAGACGGAGUAAAACACUUGCUUUCUUCUGUCGUAAAUUGCUGUGACUCUGAUAUAAACAAGCAACCCAGGGGCCUCCAGAAUCCUGAAGCCUUAGCCAGGGAGACAGUGUUUAGUGUUAGUGAAAUUGAAGCAUUGUAUGAAUUGUUUAAAAAGAUCAGUAGUGCUGUGAUCGAUGAUGGCCUGAUCAACAAGGAAGAAUUCCAGCUUGCGUUAUUUAAGACAAACAAAAAGGAGAGUCUAUUUGCUGACAGGGUUAGUUUUCAUGCGCCAAAUACUGCAAAUUCCUUAAAAAUAGCAGACAGGGUAUUUGACUUGUUUGAUACAAAGCACAAUGGGAUAUUGGACUUCGAAGAGUUUGCACGUGCUCUUUCGGUUUUUCACCCAAAUGCUCCACUUGAUGACAAGAUUGACUUUUCAUUCCAAUUAUAUGAUCUCAAGCAGCAAGGAUUCAUUGAACGACAGGAGGUAAAGCAAAUGGUGGUGGCAACGCUGGCUGAGUCUGGCAUGAACCUCUCAGAUGAUGUUAUAGAGAGUAUCAUUGACAAGACGUUUGAGGAAGCGGAUACCAAACAUGAUGGGAAGAUUGACAAAGAAGAGUGGAGGAAUCUUGUGAUGCGGCAUCCAUCUCUCUUAAAGAAUAUGACCCUUCAAUACCUUAAAGACAUUACCACCACAUUUCCCAGCUUUGUAUUUCAUUCUCAAGUUGAUGAUACCUAAGUCGGAGAACACCUCCUGUUGCAAGUCUUGGAUCACGUGGCAUUUCAAGUCCACACAGCAUGUCUGAUUUUCUGUGUAAAGGCCUACAAAAGAAAGCUCUCGCCCCAAUUGGAUGCAGAGAUGGAAAUGUUGAAUUCUUUUGUUCCUUUCAAUAUAUGACUAUUUGUCGAGUUUAUAUUUCCUUGGUCAGAGACACAAACAUUUCAUUUAUUAUGAUAGCCUCUAGGAGUUUGAACAUAUGUAUUGUAAUUGUUACUUUUCAGUUUUGUUUAAAUAUGGAAGCAAGGCUUUAGUUGUGUUAUUUUCAA